AUGGCUGUCGGUCAGAAAAAGUAUAUAUGCUCGUUUUGUUUGAAGCCGUUUUCGAGAUCCGAACACAAGAUAAGGCACGAACGGUCUCAUGCGGGCGUGAAGCCUUUCCAGUGCCAGGUCUGCAAACACUCUUUUGUUAGGCGCGAUCUCUUACAGCGGCACAUCAGAACCGUUCAUAGAUCUUUCCUCUUAUCCAAUUGUGCGUCCGUUGUGGAUAGCAAGGCCGAGGAAACUGUGUCUCUUGGCAUCGAUGCUGCCGAUUCGGCUUCAACACGGGACAUCAAACUAGAAACAUUGGUCAAUUCAAUGAUCAAGGUCAACAGCGGGCUUAUUAAUAUCCACUAUCACAAAGUCAAAGUCGAGAGAACAGACCAGCAACAGCAGGGCUUUUCCGGUGAGUGUUCUUCUUCUUCUUCUUUGAAAAGGAAAAAAUCCCCCUUCAAACCGACCAAAAAGCAGCUAGAAACCUCUAUUAGCGCAAAGAUUUUGCAAGAAUAUUCUCUAGAAUUUACAAGUUCAAGAGAAAUUUUGACCUUCUUUAAAAUUGGUGUAAAGCAUUUGGUAGAGAAUAAUAUCUUUCAGGAUUUUUUCCCGGACUUGUUUUCCUCAUUGCAGGACAAUGAACUGAUCGAGGGAUUUUGGAUCCGCAGGCCCUUUGGUCUCAUAAUAGCGUGUCUGGGGAUGGCUACCUCGUUGAACCAGGACUCUCAGGAAUUAUGGUCUAUUUGUUGUACCAACCUGUAUGCCAGCUCUCCUCUAGACGACGAACGCAGCGGCAAUCAAGAGAGAGAGCAGCACGUCAUUUUCGCUCUGAUCCUAUUCUAUUCUCUUUUGGUAAUGUUGGAAAACAAUCUGCCUGUUUCAAAUUCGAUUAAGAAUUUGAACGUUUUCACCAUGCUUCAAAGUAUUCUGAAAUUAUUUGCUGUCACCUCCAUCACCACCACCACAUCCUCCAAUUACCAUUAUCUAAAUGCUUCUGGAAAUGUAUGGUUCAUGUUCAACCUUUGGGCCAACAUCUUGCGCGAUUCAAACAAUUUCAACAACGAUUCUUUGCAAAUUUUUAACUGGUUCUCAAAUCAAGAAUUGUCCUUGUCUACCCCGCUAAAGGACUUUUUAGACAAAGAGCCGCCAAUUGUGACAACUGAUUUAGCUUUGAGGCAAAUCAACGUUUUGGCCAAUUAUGCUUACGUCCAUUUCAUAAUAAAGAAAAAUUUUGCUCUCGAGUUGCCUAAUGUAUUUAAGGUGCACGAUCUGCUAAUAUACAUAAACGAGUGCUUCAUAGCACAGCAACCGAUUGCGUCCCAAAUUAGUGUGAACUCGCCCUAUUUUGCAACCGUCCUGAGUGCCAAAAUCACAGAAUGCAAAUCCAAAAGUCAUUGGUUAUUAUGGGAAACUAUUUGGUUUGAUUUCGUUGAUAAUUUGACUUUGAAAAGCGGGGCUGGGCGGAACAUGUGGUUUAUUGAUAACUUUCCUCAAGUAUCCGGCUCCUGCUUUCUGCACCAGUCCUCCUCCCUUAUCGACCAGACUUUGAUCACUACAAGCUUAUCCAUCGUCUCGAUGCUUCUGAAGCCAAAGUCUUUCAGCCUCGCGUCUUUAAACUCAAGAAACGUCCAAUUGAUUACAGACAUUGCGAGUUUCCAACUGAAGCUGUUUUCAUCCGAAUUGAUUGCAAGUUCUGACGUUUCUCCAUCUCAAGUAUCCCAACUGCUGAUGAACCCUAAUAUUGAGUUGUUGUUGUAUUUCUGGUACGACACCAUUUACAUACAACGCCAAGACUGCUUGUCUCCUGGAGAGAACGAAGAGUUCGAAAAGGUGGAAAUGUUCAUUAAUGAUUACAUAAUAACUCACCGGAAGAACUUAGUAACAGAUUCGCAUUCAAUCCUGUUUGAUUUCUGGUCAGACUCCUUUAUCGCAUACCACAUCCUGUUACAUGCUAUUGUGACUUCUCUGAAAGACAAUAUUCUCUACCCUUACUUGAUUUACUCUCCUCAUUUAAAUGACAAAACAAAGGCUUUGUUGACUGAUAUAUCUAACUGGUCAUGCUUCGCUCUUCAGCAGCCCUUCCGUAAAACUUCAAGAGGUUCCUUAUCCGUUGCUGCUGAUGCGAGAUCACAAUCAAUCACAUCGUGCUUACCACUCUCCCCCAAUUUUACAAGGAGAGAAUCAAACCACAAUAGAAUUCUUUUACCUCCUUUAAACAUCAAAGCUAUUGAACCAAUAUCAACAAGUAACUACACCUACUUGAAUUCGGGCCCUCAACAUCAAAGAGAACAAAAACCGUUAAGAAACGCAGACAGUAACAUUAAUUCUAAUAUCCAAACAAUUUUGAUUCCUCCUCAGGUAGACAAAGAAUCACAAAAAUUUUCCGUUGGAAAUGAAAAUAACCAAAGCAAAAAUAUUGAAAUUAUUGGCCAAAUAAAAUAA